AUGUAGGAGGCGCAGAGGAACCCGUGGAUCACAAAAAUGUCUUCCGAUCCUCAGACCAAGCCGAGAUCAUCGCGAACGCGGCGCGCGAAGAUGGUCCUGUCGUCGGAGCUGACGAUCGCCGCCGAUGCCGACGAUGAUAUCACGUCAAAGUUACGGAGGGAAACGGGAUCGCCGAUCAGACAGAUUGAGACAGAAGCAGCUGUGAUCACAUUCUCCAUGGGCCAGCAGGAUGGAGACUCAUCCGAUGAGGAAAACCCAACCUUUGCUCAGGCGAGACUUCCUGAUACUGCUUCAUCACCAGUUUUACAGAGCGUUUCUCCAUCCAGCAAGGCUCUUGGGGACAUCUGUGAAGAAAAUGGGAUAUCCAUUAGCCAAGAGAUGGCUGGAACAGUAGAAAAUUGUGUAGAGAAAGUGGAAGAAGACGAUAGAAAACUUACAAAUACAGCACAUGAAUCUUCUGCAAAAACUAUGUCAGAUGUUUCAGAACAGCAAAGACACAAUGGUACGCUUGUCGUCCGUCCAAAGGAAAGAAGGGUCGUCGCGGGCAGUCCCGUGGACAGCGGGAUCUCGGAUGGUGUGUUGUCGAUGGACGCCAUGCAGGGGGAGGGCUCUGGGAGGUUCAACCCGUUUGAUCGCGACAUCGUCAUCGAUGAAGACAGGUUUGCCAACACCCCUCCUGAAAACUCUCCCGUCGCGAAAGAACUCCGAGCCAACAGUGGCAGUUCGGGGUCUCACGGUCCCGCGUCAAAAUCCGACCGAACGUCGUCUAAGUCGAGCGAUGACAGCGAAUCCUGGCCAGAGUCGUGCACCACACACGACACAGACAUUGACGAGGAGUUGGCGAAUCUUGCGUUGGGUCUGACCGAAGAUCACUUCUCCCGACCGGACGGCUACUUCGGGAUGUCCCGCGUGGAAGAGCUCGAACAAGCCAUCGAAAACUGCAAGGAUCUAAUUUUAGAGGAGCCACCGCACAGCGACAAGCGACGCAGUCUCAUCAGAAAGAUAACUCAGUUGCGGCUCAAUCUGGUAGAAAUCGAAGACAGCAAAACCGAGGAGGAGCCCAACAUAAAAGUCAUCCUAGGCCACAAGUUUAAGAAGAGGCAGGGGAAGAGUGUAAAGUACAGUUGCGAACAGUGCAAUAACCUGAUCUGGGGGAUGUUGCAGACGUGGUACGGGUGUAAGGGGUGCGGGUGCCACUGUCAUGGGAAGUGUAUGAACCAGCUGACCAGGGUGUGUGCUGGCACCAAGUUAGGGUCGUCACAGUUAAUACUGCAGAUCUGUCCUGAAGUGGGCAUCUCCAGGCAGAAGUACAGAUGUGGGGACUGCAGAACGCAGUUGUUCCGUGACACAGAGCUGCGACAGUGCGACUACACGGGCCAGUACUACUGCACGUCCUGUCACUGGAACGACACGGCGGUCAUCCCCGCUCGCGUCAUGCACAACUGGGACUUCCAACCAUGCAAGGUUGCCAGGCAGUCGAAGCAGUAUCUCCAACUGGUGUUCUACAAGCCGCUACUGAACCCCCAGGAGUCAAACCCACAGCUGUUCAGUCGCGUGGAGGAACUCAACCACGUCCGGAAACUGCGGAGAGAGAUCCUCUUGAUGAAGAACUACUUCGUAUCCUGUCGGGUCGCUCUGGAGGGCAAACUCCUUCUCCGGCUUAGAGAGAGACAGCACUUUGUCGAGUCUUCCGACUUGUAUUCUUUAAGCGACUUGUGCGAGACUGAGAGCGGAAAUCUACUUGACAAACUGACAGACAUCCAUGUAGGCUAUGCACAUCACAUAAAGUUCGACUGCCCGACCUGUCGCGGGAAGGGUUUCAUCUGCGAGUUGUGUGAGGAUUCGGACGUUCUGUUCCCGUUUGACGUUGGCGUUCACAUGUGCGAGAAGUGUUCGACGGUGUACCACAGGGAUUGCUUCCCCGCGGAGAAGGAUGCGUGCCCGAAGUGUCGCCGAAUUUCGCAAAGAACUGUUUGAUAGUUUUUACUGAUGGUGUCACAUUGAGUGGCAAGCAAGGUGCUAGCUAGUGUCCGUCCUUUUGUCCUUUGAUGUAAUUUUGCUGCUGGGAAGGACAAAAAUUUUGCCUAUUCUGUUCCCUGUUGCGGACAAAAAUUGGCGUUAAAAAUUCUAAUUGAACCAAGCUGAGUCUACCAUAAAAAUUUUUGGGGAAAAAUAAAGAACACAUCAUUUCAGAGGGUCUAGAUUUCAAAAUUUUUUGGACCCCCCAGGAUCGUCUCGCCUUCAACGGGAAUUCCAUUCAAAAUUCUUGGGACAGAAAAAAAUUCAGGCUGGCUAAAACAUAGCCUGUGUUUACACAAGCUCUCGCCGGCUGGGCUUAAUGACCCCCUCCCCCCGAGAGGGCCGGCCGCUAGGGGCGUGAUUUUAGUCAGGCUAGCUAAAACACAGGUGGCAAGACUUCUGGCAUUUCUAGCUAAAUGUUGUGUAAACAUUGAGUACCUG